GAGCACGUCGGUUUCACCACAGAAUUUAAAAUUUGGGUUUUCGUGAGAGAGAAAAAAAAUGGCUGAAGAAGGACAGGUUAUCGGUUGCCACUCCGUUGAUCAGUGGAAGGAGAACUUCAAUAAGGGCAUCGAGACCAAGAAAUUGGUCGUGAUCGAUUUCACUGCUUCAUGGUGUGGGCCCUGCCGAGUUAUUUCCCCAAUUUUUGCUGAGAUUGCGAAGAAGACUCCACAUGUUAUAUUCUUGAAGGUGGAUGUGGAUGAACUAAGGGAUGUUGCUGAAGAAUUUAACGUGGAGGCCAUGCCAACGUUCUUGUUCCUCAAGGAUGGGAAAGAAGUGGAUAGGGUCGUCGGUGCAAGGAAGGAAAAUUUGCAGGAUGCAAUCGACAAGCAUGCUACUGUUACUGCUUGAUAUUGCUUUGAUAUGAAAUUCUAUGCAUUUUAACUUGUUUUCGGCUUGAAAAUUGAAAUAAUCUACUUAUUACGAAGACUUUUAUUAUGUUUCCUGCAGCUCUUGUGAAUGUAAUAAAGUCAGGUCUGUUGGGAAUCUUCUUAUACAUGCACAGCGGAAUUUAAAAUAA